AACUGUCAAAUAGACUAUCUUCUGUCUCUUUCCCUCCAAGAUCUUUCAUUUUCAUCCAUUCUGUCACAAGUUGUCCUUUUAUCGAUUUGGAAUUUCAAAUAAAAAUUAGGCGUUUUUUUACUAUGAAGUGAUAGUAAAUAAUUUUGUAUUAAAUGUGAAAAUUAAAAGUGAAAAUGAAUUUUUUAAGUGCACACUGUUUUACGAUUUUAGCAGUUCUCAGCGUGGUUACAUCGUCGAGAGUGCUAGAACUAAGCGACAAAUUUAUUGAUAUUAGCAAUGAGGGUAUGUGGUUUGUGAAGUUCUACGCGCCAUGGUGCGCCCACUGUCGCAGGAUAGAGCCUAUAUGGGCACAUGUCGCUCAAUCGCUGUACAACAGUCCUAUUAAAGUAGCAAAAGUUGAUUGCACUAGGUUUAUGGCUGUUGCAACACAUUUCAAAGUCAGAGCAUACCCAACCAUCAUGUUCAUUAAAGGUCCCUAUCGCCAUGAGUAUAUUGGUGAGCGUGUUAAAGAAGAUAUGGUUAAUUAUGCUCUACGGAUGUCUCAACCUGCUGUCCAGAGGUUGUCACAAGUUGACAGUCUUGGAUAUUUGAAAGAGACUCAUCCGGUCUUCUUUGGAUAUGUAGGCAAACAACAAGGACCAUUAUGGGAAAUAUUCACAAUACAUGCUGAAAAGUAUCAACCACAUACAUGGUUCUAUGCAAUGUCGCAUGAACUCUUGAAAAAUGAUGUUAAAAUACCAAAUGAAACAGCCAUAUUUGUUUAUAAAGAUGAGGAGGCGUAUUUCUUUGAUGCAAAUCCAUCAUUAAUUGAAGAUAAAGAAGCCUUAAAUGUAACAUUGGAUAAAUGGAUUAACUCUGAGAGGUUUGGCCUCUUUCCAAAGGUUACUAGAUCAAAUAUAAAUGAACUAAUGGAUAUAGAAAAAUAUAUAGUUAUUGCAAUUGUCUCUGAAAAUAAGUUAAAUGAAAUAACUCAAACAGAGAGAGACUUUAAAGAUAUGGUUGAGAGCAUUAUCAAGAAAAGGAAACGAGACCUUCAUCAUAGAUUCCAGUUUGGUUGGAUGGGAAAUCCAGAGCUAGCCAACUCAAUAGCUAUGUCUGAACUGACAAUACCUCACCUCAUAGUUCUCAACUCGACCACAGGCCAUCACCAUAUUCCUGAAGAUGAUCCUGUUCUCAUGACACCUGAAGCUGUUUCAAUGUUCCUGGAUCAAAUUCAUAAUCAAGUAGCACCGACAUAUGGAGGGAACAGCUGGCCUGUGCGUUUCUAUAGAGGCUUUUUUGAAGCUAGAACCACAUUGACAAACAUGUGGCGAGGAAACCCAGUAUUAACGGCACUAGUAUUUGGUUUACCCUUAGGAUUUUUAUCACUUAUUUGUUACUCUGUAUGCUGUGCUGACAUACUUGAUGCAGAGGAGGAAGAUACUCCAGAAACUCAUGAGAAGAAGGAUUAAUGAAGGAUAAUUUAAUAAUUGAGAAAUGGUUUUUUUAGAACUUUUACAAUAAUUGUGUAAAGAAGAAAGGAUUUUUUUUAUUGAUUAUCUACUCAGUUUUGCUUUGGUAGCAGUGAUUAUCAUCGUGUGGGAGGUUGGGUGAGUUAUGAGGGUGCUAUGCACAUCAAAAUAUUUAACAGCCUGGGUGGGGCGCACCGUAACAAAUAUGUAAAUACAAUGUCAUAAGAAGUAAUAUUUAUUAGUUUAACUAAAAGAAAUCGAAAGUUUUAUAUCUCUUGUAUAAACUCCCGAGUCGUGACUACGUUUAUUAGAUACGAAGUCACAAAGACAUUACACCCAGACCCGGAACCACAAAUCGUGAAUCUCCCGAACUCCGAACUCGCAACUCGCGUGUAUUUGAAUACUAGUCUCUUCCAUAAUUUGUAUAAACAAGAAGUAAGCAAUGUCAUAUUUAAUAAUUUAAAAUUAAUUUUAUAUCAGUAAGAUCAUGCAAUAUAAACGGAACCACCGAUUACAGCUUCGUCUGAUAUCAUCCAGUACAUCCAACAAACUGGAUAUAAAAAAAAAUGCCGCUCAUCUAUAUCUAUAUCAGUACCUAUAAAAAAAUAUACCUAAACACGCCUUUUUGCGUAAAUUGUUGUUAU